CUGGCAACUCAGAAUAGACGUAGAGCAAAUAAAGGAUUCCGAUUCUGUCUUUGUUGAAAAAAAAAAGCUUUUUCUUUUCCAAGAGGUUCAACAUGGCAGGAGAUCAGGCGCAGUUUUACCAGUUACUAAACAGCUUAUUAUCUGCCGAUAAUGACAUCAGAUCACAAGCAGAAGAAGCAUACAACAACAUUCCCACUGAAACAAAGGUCUUACAUCUGGUUGGAGCAAUUCAAAAUGCAGAUUUGGGAGAUGAUGGGCGGCAAUCUGCAGCUGUUUUCUUACGGCGGUUGCUCAGCGCCGAAUUCUUUGAGUUUUUCCCGAAACUACCAUUUGAGCAACAAACAAUGCUCAGAGAGCAACUGCUUCUUACAUUACAAAUGGAUGUCAGUCAACAAUUGAGGCGAAAGAUUUGCGAUGUAGUCUCAGAACUAGCCAGAAACCACAUAGAUGAUGAUGGUGUCAACCAAUGGCCAGAAUUUUUGCAGUUCAUGUUUAACUGUGCCAGUUCACAAGACUCCAAUAUGAAGGAAGCUGGUAUUAGAAUGUUUACAUCUGUACCUGGAGUAUUUGGAAAUCGUCAAAAUGAAAACUUAGAUGUUAUCAAGCGCAUGCUCCUCUCAGCCCUCCAGCCUACAGAAUCUGAAGCCCUAAGAAUUCAGGCUGUUAAAGCAGUUGGUGCAUUUAUAUUGCUCCAUGACAAGGAGCCAGCAAUACAGAAGCAUUUUGGAGACAUACUACUUCCAUUAAUGCAGGUUGUUGUGCAGUCCAUUGAAAAAUGUGAUGAUGAUUCUGCACUGAAAGUGCUCAUUGAAUUGGCUGAAUCUGCACCUAAAUUUUUAAGGCCUCAGUUGGAAACAAUAUUUCAAGUCUGCAUAAAGGUAGUCGGUCAGACUGAUGGCGAAGACAACUGGCGACAAUUAGCUUUGGAGGCUAUGGUAACUCUAUGCGAAACGGCGCCAGCGAUGGUGCGCAAACAAGUGCCCAACGCCGUCCGUCUGCUGACGCCACUGGUUCUCGAGAUGAUGUGCGAGCUCGACGACGAGCCUGACUGGGCGGUGCAAGACGACGUUGCUGACGACGAUAACGAGAACAAUUACGUCGCUGCAGAGUCUGCUUUGGACCGCAUGUGUUGUGGUUUGGGUGGUAAAAUAAUGCUGGGUUUGAUCGUGGGGCAAGUGCCGGAAAUGUUAAAUUCCGAAGACUGGCGGCGACGACAUGCGGCCUUGAUGGCCGUUUCUUCUGCUGGAGAAGGAUGCCACAAGCAGAUGGAGCAAAUGCUUGAUCAAGUAGUUUCUGCUGUGCUCAACUACCUUACGGAUCCCCAUCCACGAGUGCGUUAUGCCGCGUGCAACGCCGUCGGUCAAAUGUCUACAGAUUUUGCUCCUGUGUUUGAGAAGAAAUUCCAUGACAAAGUUGUGCCUGGUCUUCUCAUGGUACUCGAUGACAACGCUAACCCGCGUGUGCAGGCACAUGCGGCUGCCGCUUUGGUUAACUUCAGUGAAGAUUGUCCAAAACCAAUAUUGACCCAAUAUCUUGACCCAUUGAUGAACAAACUGGAAGUCAUUCUGACUGCCAAAUUCAAAGAGUUGGUUGAGCGCGGUACGAAGCUUGUACUUGAACAGAUCGUCACCACCAUCGCUUCGGUAGCCGACACAGUGGAAAAAGACUUUGUGAUAUAUUACGACAGGCUCAUGCCCUGCCUUAAGUAUAUUAUUGCCAAUGCCAACACAGAUGAGUUGAAGAUGCUACGUGGAAAGACCAUCGAAUGCGUCAGCCUUAUUGGGCUUGCGGUGGGCGAAGAAAAGUUCAUGUCUGACGCGUCCGAAGUAAUGGAUCUGCUGUUGAAGACUCACACGGAGGGCGAACAGCUGCCCGCCGACGAUCCGCAGACCUCCUACCUCAUAUCCGCGUGGUCGCGCAUCUGCAGGAUCAUGGGCAAGAGUUUCGCCCAGUACCUGCCAAUGGUGAUGGAGCCAGUAAUGCGAACGGCCGCAAUGAAACCCGAGGUGGCGUUGCUCGAUAACGAGGACCUUGAAUCUAUCGAGGGCGACCUGGACUGGCAUUUCGUCACCCUCGGGGAACAACAGAACUUCGGCAUCAAGACUGCUGGUCUCGAAGACAAAGCCUCCGCGUGCGAUAUGCUAGUAUGCUACGCGCGCGAACUGAAAGAAGCCUUCGCCGAAUAUGCAGAAGACGUAGUAAAGCUAAUGGUGCCUUUACUCAAGUUCUACUUCCACGACAACGUUCGUACUGCGGCCGCCGAAUCUUUGCCGUACCUAUUGGAAUGCGCGCGUAUUCGCGGCCCUCAGUAUAUACAAGGAAUGUGGGCGUACAUUCUGCCUGAAUUGCUGAAAGCUAUCGAUUCCGAGCCCGAGCAAGAGGUCCAAGUCGAGCUCCUGAACAGCCUCGCCAAGUGUAUCGAGCUAUUGGGCACCGGUUGCCUCUCCGACGAAAUGAUGGCUGAAGUACUGCGCCUCCUGAACAAACUGCUGACUGAACAUUUCGAGCGCGCCACCGAGCGCAGGCAGAAACGGGCCGACGAGGAUUACGAUGAAGUGGUAGAAGAGCAGCUAGCCGACGAAGACAAUGAGGACAUUUACGGUCUUUCUCGCGUAGCGGACGUAUUGCACGCACUAAUGUCCGCGUACCGCGAGGCUUUCUUCCCACACUUGGAUACUUUGUUACCGCACCUGGUGCAAUUACUAGCGCCUUCGCGACCCUACGCCGACCGCCAGUGGGCCAUAUGUAUUUUUGACGACGUCAUCGAGUUUGGAGGUCCCGCGUGCGUUAAAUACCAAGACAUAUUCCUCGAGCCAAUGCUCGCCGGCCUCCAGAGCCCGGAGGCCGAAGUGCGGCAGGCGGCCGCGUACGGGUGCGGCGUUCUAGCUCAGUUCGGAGGCACUCAGUUCGCGGCCGCGUGUGCCCGCGCCGUGCCGUUACUGGCCGCUCUUAUAGCAGACCCCGACUCCAGGGCCGUCGAAAACCUUAACGCCACCGAGAACGCUAUCUCUGCUGUUACCAAGAUCAUCAAGUACAACGCUGCGCAGAUCGACCGCGACGAGAUCAUAAGGCAUUGGUUGACCUGGCUGCCGGUGGUGGAAGACGUGGAGGAGGCGCCGCACGUUUACGGGCUGCUGUGCGAGCUGGCGGCUUCGGGGCACGCGGCGCUGGCCACGCCGGGCGCGCCGCAGCGCGUCAUCGCCGUGCUGGCGGAGGCCUUCCUGCGCGACGCCGUGCCCGCGGGGAACCCCGUGCACGCGCAGAUGACCGCGCUCGUGCGACAAAUCCAGACUAACGCGGAGCUAUUCAACUCGUGCCUGAUGCAGCUAUCCAACGAGCAUAAAGAAGCAUUGCAAAUAGCACUAUCCACAUAGUACGCCCGCUUGUAAUUUAUUGUACGCGACAUUUGCUGCCAUUCAUUGUCCCUCGGCACCCUCUCAUCCGUGGCCAGCCACGCCCCUGUCCCGACAUCAACUUACUCCUACAUGGAAAACCUCCACAUAAUAGAACUCUUGUUUUUAUUAUAAUGUUAUUAUCAUAUAGAUUUGUAUAUUCUCAUUAAAUAUUUCUAUGUGGUCGGUUGUAAUGGUAUCUGUGUCUAUUAAAUUAAUAGUAAAUGGACUGAAAGCAUUUUUUCCUUUAAUGAGGAUUACCUCUGAUCUCUGUAACAAAGAUACAGCUGGGCUAAUUCAAAUUGCUGUGAUAUAUUUUUAUAAUGAUUUUUCAAAUCAUUUCUUUCGAGCUUCAGCUUACAUUAAACUCGUAAUUGACCACAUUCAAAGGUUUCGAAAUCUUUCGAUUCCUCGAAUCCAACAUGUUAACGUAUUGUGUGGUACAAUUGAUCCAAUUAUAUUAGUUUGCCGCAUGCGUAUGAUAUUGCAUGUCUUCUUUUCCGCCUAACUCACUCUUAGCGACUCAAAUUUAACGAGUCAUGUUACUUUCUGUAAUUCAAAUAAAUUAGGAAUAGAAAUUGGAUCAACCGCAUUCAUUUUAUGUUAUCUUUUGCCAUAUUUUCGGCUAGAAUGGGAACUUGGUGGCUGUCUCUCGCAAUGGACGAGAAGUCUGUUUAUAAGAAAUAAUUUUAUUCGAUAAAUAUAAUAAAAUUAUAUAUACAUUUCUUUGUUUA